CUCUCUCACUCGUUGCACACUCAGCACACACUGACACACAGCAAGCACCACUGCAGCCCCUCUUCAAUCAUGCAUGCCACCUCUCUCACUCUCACACGUCUCUUUCAGCUCUCCCUCUCACUCUGAUUUUUUUCCCCACCGCAAGCACCACGAGCUCACUCUCCACUCGAUCUCUCUCCUUUGAUUUCCCUGUCGCAAGAACCAGCAAAUCCCUGCUCCCCUGCUUUUCUCGGCCAGCAAGGAAACUGAGCAGCCAGCUCGCCAUCAAACCCAGCAGCCGCAACGCAUGGCGCCUCCCUUUCCUUCUUUAAUUUCUUCCACGAACACGCUAGCAGCUGCAAGCCGCCACCCCUGCUGCUCUCUCAUCUCCAAUCAGAGCCGAGCAAGCGAACCAGAGCUGCACCACGUCGACGUCGAGCGGAGCAAGGAGGAGGACACGGAGGAGCCGCUGCCAGGAGCUGCGCUGCGACGCCGCUGCAUCGACGACCACGUCGAGCCGGAGCAGACGCGAGGAGGAGUCGAAUGUGGAGGAGCCACUGCGGGGAGCUGCGCCGCUGCCGACACCACACCGAUGAUCCAUCCAAGCUGCUGCCCGCCUCGUCUGCAACUUGUUCGACAAAAAGCUGGAGCCGACCGGAACCGCGAGUCCACACCACGCCGACCACGCCUACACCGUCGACCCACGGGGCUGUGUCCACGACGUUCACUUUGACCAACUCCUGCGGCUACACGGUGUGGCCGGGUCUGCUGUCGAGCGCGGGCUCGCCGCCGCUCUCCACGACGGGCUUCGAGCUGGCGCCGGGGGAGUCGCGCUCCGUGGACGCGCCCGCGGCGUGGUCGGGCCGCAUCUGGGGCCGCACGCUCUGCGCCGCGGACCCGGGGUCCGGGCGCUUCUCCUGCGCCACGGGCGAGUGCGGGUCCGGGGCGGUGGAGUGCGGCGGCGGCAGCGCCGCCCCGCCCACCACGCUCGCGGAGUUCACGCUGAACGGCGCCGGCGGGAACGACUUCUACGACGUGAGCCUCGUGGACGGGUCCAACCUGCCAGUGGUGGUGGUGCCGCAGGGCGGCGCCGGCGCGACGUGCGGCGCGACGGGGUGCCUGGUGGACCUGAACGGGCCGUGCCCGGCGGACCUGAAGGUGGUGGGCGCCGGCGGCGCCGGCAUCGCGUGCAAGAGCGCGUGCGAGGCGUACGGGCGGCCCCAGGACUGCUGCAGCGGCGACUAUGGCACCCCCGCGACGUGCCAGCCGUCGGCCAGCUCGCAGUUCUUCAAGAACGCGUGCCCGCGCGCCUACAGCUACGCCUACGACGACGCCACCUCCACCUUCACCUGCGCGUCCGGCACCGCCACCUACCUCAUCACGUUCUGCCCUAGCAUCUCCAGCCUCAAGUCGUCCGUGAGCAGCACCACCAACCCGCCGCCGUCCGGCUCCCUGCCCCUGAUCAACGACACGGUCUCCUUCGCCGGCCGGGGCGACGGGUACUCGUCCUCGUACCCCUACGCGUCCGCGUCGCCGCCGGCCCCGUGCCCCCUCGCGCUCGCGGCCGCCGCCGCGCUCACGUGGCUCCUCGCCGCCCCGCGCCACCAACUGCGGUUGUAGAGCGAUCGGCCGAGCCAGAGCGCCCCACGCGCCACGGGCCACGGCGCCCCGUGGCGCGCGGUCGCUGCCGACCUCCGCGUCAGCGCGCGCCGCCCGUGCCCGGUGCCCCUCUCCCAGCCAGGGAGGCAGGCAUGGGCAGGGGGGCUCGUGGAGCCGCGUGGCCGCCCAUGCGCCGGCCAUGUGCCGGGGCGGCCCGGGCGCUUUGACCUCGGGCCGGAGCGCUAAUUGUAUAGUCUAAAAUUAUUGCGGAUCGGGGGAGUAGUAUGAUUUUGCAAGCGAAGCAAGGUGGUCUCUCGGGUACAAAGCUUGAUUUGUUUAAUUAGAAUGGAGGGCGUUGAUCCUCAAGAUUGAGAACUCCUUGUUCGGCCGGCGGAUUCAGCCGAAUUCAGCCAGUCACAACAGUAUUUUUCUCUCACGCAAAAUCAGCCCAGCCACCAGCCAACCAGCCAGCCAACAGUAUUUUCCUCUCACGCGAAAUCAGCCAGCCAGCCGAACAAGGCUUUUUUGAGAUGGGUGAAGUGAAUACAACUGGAGAGAGCAGAACAGAACCAGGUGGGUUGGGUGCGAAGUGUGUGCAGACAUGGGUCGGUGGAUCACAUGACUGACAUGACAUUAACUUGUUUUCAUGGUCUCUGAAUUCUGAACCCUGAAAAAUGGAUGGAUCGGAUGGCUAUUGUUUUUUC